AUGGUGGCUGCAGGAGGACACGGACAGCAGGGCUCUGCAGGCCACGCGGGCUGCAGGGCACGCAGGGCGCGCGGGCAGCAGGGCGCACGCGGGGCGCAGGGCGCGCAGGGCGCGCUGGCGACGCGGGCAGCAGGGCAGCAGGGCGCGCUGGCAGCAGGGCUCGUGCAGACAGCAGGGCGCACACGGGGCGCAGGGCAGCAGGGCGCGCUGGCGACGCGGGCAGCAGGGCGCGCUGGCGACGCCGGCAGUAGGGUGCUCAGGGCGUGCUGGCGACGCGGGCAGCAGGGCGUGCUGGCCGUAGGGUGCGUGCCGGAAGAAGGCGACGCGGGCAGCAAGGCGCACGCGGGGCGCAGAGCAGCAGGGCGCGCUGGUGACGCAGGCAGCAGGCGCGCGCGGGCUGCAGGGCACGGGCCCGAUGUUUACGGCAACGGGGUGCUCUCUCCACGGGUGGAAGAGCGAGAACGAUAG